AACCAGAUUACGAGCACGCCAAGAAUAAUGCCGCUUUCUUUAAACGUGUGAUUAAAAAUAAAGAAGUUAAACCAAAAACCAAGAAGGAAAAUGCUCCAUACAUGAAAAGAUACAGCAGUCUAUGUCGUGGACAAAAUAAUAAGGUUGGAGAACAUUUAUCAUUAUUAUUUAUGUAAAAUAAUUCAUGGUUUCUGAUUGGCUAACAGCCAACUGUGAAAUCAUCAUAGCAACUGAAUGACGUCAUAAAGUUGAUAUGACACAAACACAUGAACGUUAUGACGUCAUAACAUUGAUAUGAAAAUAUUGUAUCAACGCUAUGACGUCAUGCUGUGAAAAUACCAAUACGAACUAUAGAAAACACGGCCAAAACAAUACGGUACCGCUUUUGGUUUAAGGAAAUUUUUAAGCAAAUUUUAAAAUAUCAAGAAAAAAUAUCAACGAAAAACAGCCCACAUUAGUGGAACAUUUUUCGAAAUGUUGAAAUUCACUAUCAUCUAAAUGUAAUUGUCCAACAUAUUUCGUGUUUUAAAAUGGAAGAAUUUCCUCCCAUCUGUUUGCUCAACUUACGUUUUCGAUUUGCCCAGCUGCCCUCCUUCCCCUGCCCCCCCUGUACGCUAAUGGCUGAGAAACAUUUCAUAAAAUUAGGUAUGAUCUGUAGUCCAGAUAGAGGACUAGCGUAUUAAUAUUUUUAUUUUAUAAACUAGACGGCAGUAGAGCUUGCGAAGUUGACAUGUUACUACGACCAAAGCACACCACAACUGGUCAUCAAACCAGCGAAAAUCGAAGUUCUCAAUUUGGAACCAAGGAUUGUAAGAUAUUUCAAUGUUAUUACUGAUGAAGAAAUUGAAGCCGUAAAGUUACUUGCAGGUCCGAGGGUGAGUGCAAUGCCGCGCAAAGUAUAGAGCCUCGUUUCUGUGAUUGAGACAUUGGUUUUAAAGCCCUUUAAUAACUCCUGUUACUGAUGAUAUAAUCAUAAACAGAUCGUUCAUAUUCACUGAUAUAACUGUACAUGUAUGGUUUCGUAAAUGUGCCACCCAUAACCUAUCCUAAUCACGAAAACGAUGCUAUAUAGCCGAAGACUGAGUCCUUACCGGAAGCCAGGGUCUAUUAAGGAGGUUGUGUACACUAUUAAGGAGGUUGUGUACGUCUUUUUACCCCACGUGGAGUCGGCCAGGGGGACUUGGCUACUCUUAGAAUUGACUCCGGAACUUUAGAGAAAACAGCUUAAUUAAACUAAGCUAUCAAUAUAUAACAAUCCAAUACAAAAACGUCUACUUUCCCUCUGCGGAACCAUGGAGUAAUGCAAGCUAACCUCCAACCCCCCCAGUUGUCCGAUAGACGGCAAAUUAUUUUAUCCUAGUCGACAAAUUGUUUUCCAAGUUGAAAAAAUAUGAAUUGGAUAGGAAGGGGAAUAUUUGAGUAAAACUGAUAAUUAUGGCAAAAAUUGGGCAAAAUUAGGGAAACAUUAAGCAAACUGAACGAGAAAUGUUACGUGAAGAAGAAAGGUAAGGAAAAUGAAGAUUUUUACCUCGUUCCGCCCCCCCCGGGGCAAAAUAUCACAUGCAUAAGGGGAUAGUGCCGCCCUUGCCCCUAACUGGACCUCCAUGGCAAGUAUAAAUGUAAGUCAUAUAUAAUUGUUGUUUUUAGUUACGUCGAGCAACAAUCAACAACCUUGCGACAGGCAAACUGGAGUUUGCCAAAUACAGAGUAAGCAAAACGUAUGUAGCUGUUUGAGUACGUUUAAUCUUUCCUAUGGGCAUGCAUUUGGUAAAAUUACGCAUUGGCAUUGCGCAUCGGCAUUGCGCAUUGGUAUUGCGCAUUGGCAUUGCGUAUUGAUGCAUUGGCAUUGCGCAUUGCGUAUUGGAAAGGAAUUAACCAUUGAACUACAUUACUCUGUCUAACGCCAGACGAUUUUACUUGUCAAGGGAAGAGUCGUAUUGCGCACCAAAGGAUUAAGUUGAUAAAAUUAUGAAAAAAUUAUGAUGAGGGAACAUUGGAUAAAGAAUAUCGCUUUCGAAAUUUACAGAAUAUUUAUUAUUCGCUUGCGUGAAAUUUAAGGAAUAUUGAAUAUUUGCACAAAAAAUAGGGCAUACGAAAUAUUAGGAUUUGGGGCAUCUCACUCGACGGAACCAACCGGUUGAAAGGAACUUGUAGUUAGAGCUCGUAACUGUCUCUCUGGGUGGCCGGACAUUUUGCCGAAAGACACUUUGCCGAAAGACAUUUUGCCGAAAGACAUUUUGCCGAACGGACAUUUUGCCGACGGACGUUUUGCCGAACGGACGUUUUGCCGAACGGACAUUUUGCCGAAUGGACAUUUUGCCGAAUGGACAUUUUGCCGAACAGACAGUCUGACGAACGGACAACUUGCCGAAAACGGAGAUAUCUUCUGAACUUUAAAGGUUCGCUUAUACGGUCAAAAUAUCUGUGAUUUAAAGUCAUUGUCGAUUUUGAUGACAGAAACUUUGAUAGUGAAGUAUAGUUUCGUUUUAUAUUCUUUCAAGUUUUUGACAAGUUUACCGAAAUUUCGCGAUAUAAAGAAUAACAUCAUUCAACAUCAUUCAUUAAUGCGAUUUCCCCCAGAACUGCAGUGAAUGUAUUCCAUGAUUCUCGAAGUAAAAUUCGCUUACGUCGUUGUCUUUAUAUACGCUUGUUUGUUUACGACUUGACGUCGAAACACGUUCCUUAACAAAUGAGUCAUCAAGCUACCAAUAGUCAAUAUGGUUAUGCACUAUUAAUGACAUUAUGCAAUGCUAAUGACCAUUAUGCACUGCUAAUGACCAUAUAAUGAUUAUUUUACACAAUGGUUGAGAAUUACACAGUUGAGAAAUGAGUCACAGUCCCAAACAUUUUGACGAAAUAACAUCUCUAUUUUCGGCAAGUUGUCCUUUCGGCAAACUGUCCGUUCUGCAAAAUGUCCGUUCGGCAAAAUGUCUGUUCGGCAAAACGUCCGUUCGGCAAAACGUCCGUCGGCAAAAUGUCCGUUCGGCAAAAUGUCUUUCGGCAAAAUGUCUUUCGGCAAAGUGUCUUUCGGCAAAAUGUCCGGGUACCAGUCUCGUACCUUACUAUGUGACUACUCACCCUCCAGCUAUUCGAAAACAGCACUGACACUCAAGGGAAGCUCAGAUUGAACCUCCACUUUUUAAGUGUGAGUGAGCUUUUGGAAUACGGUCGUAUCUCAGUAAAAUAAUUUGGAAUAAGGAAUAUUUAUCGUAUAAUUUAAAAAACGUGGAAUAUUUCUGCUUCCACACCCAUAUUUUCGAUGGGAUUUGACAGAAUACGAUGAUCUUUAUUCGCAUUCAAAUAAGUAUGAGCAAUUUUUACACGCAAAUCUUGACAUGUUUCCCCCUCCAUUUUGACAGGGCUUGGUUGGAGGAUCAUGAGAGUGAGGUGGUACAUCGUAUUAGUACAAGAAUUUCCAGUUUGACCGGUUUAGAUGCCAGUUUUCAAGCUGCUGAAGAAAUGCAGGUAAUUUGGGUAUUUCAGAACUUGAAAUACCUCAUGACCUUGUUUACCUCAUGACUUUGUUUUUAAAACCAGAAAUCAACUCAACCAAAACUAAACUGUUGAGCCCGGGUUAAAUCAGGAUGAGAGUUGACGAUAGUUGAUGGCAGUUGCAACUAUCGUUCGCGUUUAACCGCAAAUUCUCAUGCACUCUCUCAUCCGAACUUUCAGCUGCGCUGGUUCAAAUCUUUAUGAAAGGUGACGAAUUUAUGACCGGUAAUAUCUAGCCAAAACUGCCAUCAACUCUCUUACAAUUCCUGUUUUCGUUUGACUUGGGCAUGAGAGUUUAGAAAACUCUCAUGCAAACUCUCGCUUCUCAAUUCUCAUAUGCUCUCUUGAAUCUCUUGUUAGUACGUUCUUGUUUCAUCGGAGUUUUAAUUUAUUCUCAGGUUGCAAACUAUGGUAUAGGAGGUCACUAUGAACCACAUUGGGAUCAUGCUAUAGUAAGUAGUGAUCAUCAUGGAUAAGGAUGAACGGAAUUUAACUGGUCAUGGACAGUGAACUCUCUCUGUAUCUAUCUGGAGUAAGACAUUCAAUCAGAUCAGUGUCCAAAAUGUAUAUGAAGGUCAUGAACGUUCAUACCAUUUUUCCCCAGCUAAUUUUGGUUUUCACUAACGUAUAGAAUCGCUAAACAAGUUAUCGGUUAAGAAAACUAUAGUAUUAUUCUUUUUAUGUCAAAGUCAAAACAAGAAAUUUCAUCACAUCGCGCAGACAGGAAACAAUAGAAAGGGGCUGACACUGGAAGUCAAAUUUCACUCUUUCUCGAAGUCUAAAAUUUACAUCUGAAUUGAAGAUGUCUGAAUUGAUAAAGUGUGGAUUUCAUGUAGAUGUUGUGGGAUAUAUAUAAGUUCCUGUGGUCCAUUUUAGGGGCAAAAAGGGACAAAAAGUCUAAAAGUCUUUAACAGUCCCAAAAUCCACAAAUAUAAGCUUGACAAUACUAGAAAUUCAUAAAAUAUACUAUUGUCUAUUGAAAUCUAAAAUUUACAUCUGAAUCGAAUAUGAAUCUGCAGUUUUAAUCGAGUAAAUCUGGAUUCUGACGAGCGAAGACUGCUCUGGUACGAAUAUUUCUAGCCAGACAAAUAAUUCUUUUACAUUGCCUCUUUGGGAAAAUCGGAUAUAAUUGUGUUUUAACGUACAGCUUUACCAGAACAUUGAAAACAACAAAAUAUUGUUUUACUUCUACAAAAAUUCUGGAAAUAUUAAAAAAAGUGAAAGUUUGGAGAGACACUUUCUAGGAAAUUUCGAACCCUGAGCCCGCAAUCCUCUGCGAAGGCUUGCUGAGGCUUAGAGAUUGUUUCUAGGAGUGAUUUGCCCCUCGAUUCUAUGCGUACAUGUCUACUACUGCAAGGUUAUAAUCCUAAUUUGAACAUAAAUUUUAAGGACAUUACACGGACUUUUCACGGUCUAAAUAUGUAAUUUUAAGGACCAAGUGCAAAAAAUUCCUUGCAGAAAAACAGUUGCUGUUAAAAAUAAAAGUGUGUGGGUCAUGUAAUGGAGACUGAAGCAAUUUACUGUCUGUAUGCCUCUUUAUUGCCUUUCACCGAUGGAUGCGAGCUUGGGAAGGCGAGUUGGGCGAGCAUAUGUAGUUUAAAAUGCAAGGUUUAUUUUCAUGAACUAUAUUGUACAUUUUGAAAAUUUUAAGAACUUUUGAGUACUCAAUUUCGCAAAAUGAACUUUAAAGACUUUCAUGAUAAUGGACCAGUGUGAACCCUUUUGAUAUGCAUGCGAAUUUGGUGGUGACGAGCACACCUCGUCAAUUAUGUCUACUCUCUUUCUACUCUAAAUUUACACCAGCAGCUCACAAAAUUUUCAAAUUUUAGAAUCCCCAAGCAUCAAUUCUUAGAAUACACAAAGGAAACCGAAUGGCAACAUUCCUCAUUUAUGUGAGUAUUUCAUACAGCAUUAAAUAAAAAAUGCCAAGUAAACAUUUUUUAAAAAUCGAUAUAUUUGGACGCCAUUUUGGAUUUCAUGUGACGGUGCCACUGGUGUGACCAUCACAAAUCUGCUGUGGUAUUGGUGGUAUAGUGGAAGAGGAGGCCUCUAGCUCCACCUCCAUUUGCCCGUGAAUAACUAAGAAGUCACACUAAGAUGGCUGCCACAAGUCUCAUUAUCUAGCUAGUGUUAAAAGGCUCCUCAUUACCAGAGAUGUGGAAAGCUAUAUCUUUGAAGUGAAAUAGGAAAAGACAUUUGCUUCAUGACAAUAUGAAACCAUCUCGUUGAGGAACUUAGUUUGAAUACGGAUAGUCUUUCGUCAUUUAAGUCGGCAAUGUUAAGUAUCAUAUUUCCUCUUUGUACUCGGGUUACGAUGUUAGAUCUGUAAUUCUGUUCGUACUCUCAUAACGUCAUUAUUGUGUUGUAUAUGCCGGAAAUUUUACUACUGUUCUUUGUUAUUUAAUAUGUGUAUUGUUGUAAUUUAUUUACUCGGGGGCCCGCAGUACUUGGCAAUUACGUUGUUGCGCCGUUCCAUGCAACUAUGUAUAGAUGUUCAAGGCGAAUUAAAUAAAUUAUAUGUGGCUAGUUUAAACACGUCGCGUUCCGAUUUGCACAGAUUCUCAUCUCAUUACACAUAUUCUGGAUUCAUAAUUGGUUGACUGAAUUCGUAGUUUUCAGAUAAGAGGCGGAGCACCGUUAACCCUGAUUUCGAUAUGGUCAUAAAGAUUGAGUCACGAUCUUUCUCAUCAGCCCAAACACAGCAUUUUAGAACUGAAGAUACGCGGAGUGAUUAUAACUAGAGAAUACUUAUCAUUUAUAUGUAGUUUAAUACUUUACAGGUAUAAACUAUUAUAAACUGGCCGUUGAGAAAGAUCACGACUCUAUUUUUACGACCAUUACGCCCAUAUGGAAACCAAGCCUUAAGCGUUACCAAAUCCUCUGAGCUCAAGACUGAUUGUGACGUUGAUAUUAGAGAAAUAUGCAAUACAAUGGAUGCCAAUUUUCAGCGAUUGUCUUUAGUAAUGUCAAAUUUAUUUAUUUUAGAUGAGCGACGUGGAAUCAGGUGGUUACACGGUAUUCAUGAGAGCCAAUGCAAUAGUCAAACCUGUCAAG